GAAAACAAUGACUUUGCACCCACUUCUCUCGGUAAAAGUACCACACACACUUUUUUUGUGAGUGUAUUUUAAGUCUCUUUGUCCCUCUUUCUUUCUCUUCAUCCAUAUUGGUUCUUCUUAAUCAACCCUCUCCCUCCUUUAAAUAUGAAAUAAACACACACACACACCAAAAAAAAAAAAGAAGCAUCAUGAAGAAGAUCAAUCUAUUACUCCGAAAAUGCAAGAGUUUGUCAAGGCAGCUAGGAAGAUCUUCAUCUUAUAGCAGCCUGAGGUCAAAAUCCACAAAAGAAGACAUAUGGGGGGGUGGACAUGGAAUGCAAGAAGAUGAAAAUUGUGAAACUAUAUUUGUUGGCAGCACAAGGAAACGGUACAUAAUCAGCAAAAAGUAUCUGAACCAUCCUCUUCUGAAUGCACUAAUCAACAAGUCAAAGCAAAUUAAGAAGGACAGUGAUGAAAGUAGUGUGUUGGUGGUCAACUGUGAGGUGGUUCUCUUUGAUCAUCUAUUGUGGAUGCUAGAAAAUGCAGAUCCCAAGUUUAGUUCUGAGUCUUUGGAGGAAUUGGCUGAACUCUAUGUGUUUUGAUAGUUUUAUUCAAAGUGGCAGAUUGCAAAGGCCUAAUGUAAUUAAUUAAGUAUGUUGGGUUGUGCCUGCAUUUUGCAAAAUGUAAUGGUUGAGAAUCCUUUUUGUUUUACUUUAUUAUAAGUGCAUUAAAUGGUUCUGCAAUUGCAUAGCUGAUUUAUGUUCUAAGUUCUAACUCAUUGGAUUUUUCUUUUUCAAGAGCCAUAUAUAUGCUUUGCUUUUGUUAAA